AAGCUAUACUGAGGUGGUUUGAGUUGAUGUCGGGGCUGAGGAUUAAUUUCAGCAAGAGUUGUGUGUAUGGUUUUAACAUGUCGGACAGUUGGGUGAGAGGGGCAGCAGGGGUUUUGCAUUGUGGUAUAGGGAAGACACCUUUUAUGUACUUGGGAAUGCCUGUCGGAGGUAAUCCAAGGUGUAAGAAGUUUUGGGCUCCGGUUGUUAGUAAAUUUCGCCAAAAGCUUGCCGUCUGGAAGUCUGCCGUGCUGUCCUACGGGGGGCGUCUCACGUUGCUAAACUCGUUUUUGUGGGGGGGCUCAGGGGAGAAAAGAAAGAUCUCAUGGGUAAAAUGGGAGGCGAUUUGCUGGAGUAAGGAGAAAGGAGGAUUAGGUGUUCUGGAUUUGCGUAGGAGAAAUUGGGCGCUUUUAGGGAAAUGGUGGUAUAGGUUAGGGGAUGGAAGGGAGGGGUUGUGGAAAAGGGUAGUGAAAGAGAAAUUUUACGAGGGUAAGCAAGAGGUGGGGAUGAUUGAUGUGGUGAGUUUGAGGGUAUUGCAGAUUUGGGGAGAUAUUAUUAGAAUAGGGGGAAAAUCAGAGAAGCUCAAAAAUAUGUUAAGGCAUGGGUUCCGGUGGGAGGUGGGGGAGGGUUGUCGGGUGUGCUUUUGGAGAGAUAUUUGGGUGGGGAAUAAAUCACUAAGAGAUUUAUUUCCAAGGCUGUUUCAAUUAGCUAUCAACAAGGAAGGUACGGUAAAGGAGAAUGGUUUAUGGGAAGGAGAAAGGUGGAAAUGGGGUAUAGAGUGGAGGAGAGAGAGGAUGGGAUGCGAGAAAGAUGAGGAGCAAGGGUUGGGGGUGGUGUUGGCAAGUAUAAAGUUAAGGAAGGGAAUGGCAGAUGUAUGGAGAUGGAGGCAUGAUGUAGAAGGGAGGUAUGUUGUCAAGAUAGCAUAUGAAUUCUUAGCUCCUGAGGAACGCUUGCUUGAGGGUCAAUUAUGCAAUUUAAUAUGGUGCAAGCUGGUGCCUUCAAAAGUGGGGUUUUUAGGGUGGAGGUUGUGUCUAGAUAGGCUUCCGACAAGAUGGAAUUUGUGGAAGAGAGGGGUGAUGUUACAAGGGGAAGGUAUGGUGUGUGGGCUUUGCAAAGAGGGAGUGGAGGAGGUUAAUCAUUUGUUUUGCACAUGUAAAGUAGCUUGGUUAGUAUGGGUGAAGGUGUUUAAAUGGUGGGGUGUGGAGGUAGUAAUGCCGGGUACAGUGAGGGGUGUGGUGGAUUUCUUUUUGUGGUGUUGGGGGAGUGUGGGGGAAAAGGAGUUGGGAGCAUGCAUGUUUUUGGUCACAUCUUGGUAUUUAUGGUUCUGGCGGAAUAGUUUGGUUUUUAGGAAUAAUGGGGAGCUGAAAGAGCAAUUGCUGGAGUUAAUUCAAGUGAAGUCUUAUUUAUGGAUUAGAAAUAAGGUGAAUGGGUGUGUUUUUUCAUUAGCUCAGUAGCAAAGUAAUCCUAAGGAAUGUGCCAAGGAGUUGAAGAGUUUCAAGAGAUCUCUUAAAUUGUUCGCGCAGCAACAGCAGAAUCAUCGUCCCACUUAGAAGGCAUUGGCGGUAUGGUUUUUUACACGGAAGGCUGUACGCGGCAGUGGUAAUCUGGUCUCUAGUUUGAUUGCUUGGGUUGUCAUUAUGGUUCUGUAAGGGAGUUUCCUUGUUGUUUUUAUUGGGUGAUUAAGCAUUUUUUCUCUUUGUAGAAGGGCAGGAGUACCCCUUGUGCUCCAUUAAAUAAAUAAAAAAUUUUGUU